ACCAAUCGUAAAGCGUCUCUUGUGUCGCAAAGCCUUGUUGUUACAAAUGCUGAAAAUAUCCCCUUCUGUCAAUAGGGUCAUGCUUUUUGUUUCGCAUUCGUGCUGCUAACGCUAACAUGUGGCGUAAUUACUAAUAGUAAUUGGGGGGUUUUGUGCUUUUUAUAGCGACGACACUCGGCUAACGCUUGUAACUUACACAAGGAGAAGUAGCACCUGUUUUCUUUAUGUGGCAGAAUGUACUUUAUUGUACUACUGAGCUGCCUGGCUCUGGCUGUCACUGAACAGCCCGUGGAUGACGACUGGAUAGACCCGUAUGAUAUGCUCAACUAUGAUGCUGUCUCAAAAUCUAUGCGGAAACCCGCUGAGUCCUCCAACUACCCCAAUGUGCCAACCAAAAGAAGAGGAUACUCUGAAAACUCAGAGGAGCCGAGUCAGUGCACCAGGCGUGUGGAGAUUUUACAGAAACAGAAUGAAAAUCAGCAGAAAACGAUUACCCAGCUGUCUCAGCAGCCUACAUGUAACCCAGUGUUCAAGAGAUUCCUCAGCAGACUCAUCAAAGAAAUUGAAAGAGUUGGUUUGCCAACUGACUCUACAGACAGUCUGUAUGAUGCCCAAAUAAAGGUUUCCAAACAGACCCUUGCAGAGAUUAGGGCUCUGUUGGAUGGUGAAGAGAGCUGGAGAACAGGCGCCCUUGACAAUGCUAUCAGUCAGAUACUUACUGAUCUUCGUCCACAUGACUAUGAGGCCUGGGUAUGGCGUUUUGAGCACACAUUUGGUGUGGAGAUGGAUACAGUUGUGAUGAUUGCACUUUGUGUUCUGAUGAUUGUGGCCAUCAUAAGCACUGAGCUGUGGUCAACCAUCUCCUGGUUUGUGCAGUUCAAGAGGUUAUUUGCCGUCUGCUUUAUGAUUAGUAUUGUCUGGAACUGGUUUUACCUCUAUAAGAUUGCAUUUGCAGAGCACCAAAAUAACCUUGUCAAGAUGGAUGAUUUUAACCAAAAAUGCACAGGAGUAAAGAAGAUUGACUGGAGUGAUAGUUUGAAAGAGUGGUUUAGAAACACUUGGACUCUCCAGGAUGAUCCAUGUAAACAGUACUAUGAAGUUCUAAUGGUAAACCCCAUAUUGCUGGUGCCUCCAACCAAGGCAAUUUCUGUUACCAUCACUACUUUUAUCACUGAACCACUAAAACAUUUUGGCAAAGGAAUCAGUGAGUUUCUUAGAGCUCUUCUCAAAGAUCUCCCUGUUCAACUGCAAAUUCCAGUUCUUCUCACUAUUGUGCUCGCCAUAUUGGUGGUCAUGUAUGGAGGUGUGAAUGCAGCCUUCCAGCAUGGCAUUACUGCACCUUUCCGCAGACCGCAUAGAGAUCCACACGAUCGUCUUGAGCCUCCUCCAGAGCGUAAUGUGCCUCGAAUUGAAGGAGGGGGGGACGCACCAAAUUAUGAACCCCCACCACGACCACAUUGGGGCAAUGGGAAUGGAGGAGGCGACAGAGGUAGAAACCAACUCCGCCAACGUCCUAUGAACAGAGGCCUGGAGCAGAGACAGAAGAUCACUGUUCACACCCUGGGAAAUAUGGACCACAACAGAGAUGAGAUCGAUGCAGAUCUGAAUGAGGGUCACUUAGAUUCAGAACGGUCCAUUUCACAGUUAAUAGUCGAAGCGGAAUCAGCAGGAAAUGUGGAACAGGCUGAAGUCAAUAAAACUCAGCCAAAAACUAAAGAGACACUCAAUAAGGAACCUCCUGGUGCCAGCAACGAAGUUACAGAAGCCAGAGCUCCACCAAACACUGUAGAAGAGAAAUCCGCAUCAAUGCAUGAACCACCACAAAUGAAAGGGGCUGUUGAUAAACAAGAUGCCGCUGAAAAAGACCCAAGCCCUGAUGUGCUCCCCCAAAUUAUUAGAAGAAUAGAAAGUAUUGGACAUCCUGUUCAGGAAACAUCACCAGACGCGACCCCAUAGAAGCCAAAGCUGUUGUAGAUCUUAUUACUUUUAUAUUGUUUAAUGUUGCUAUGACUUAGGCCAGACAGCCCUCAUUGGCUUUUGAUAGUCACUCAGGUAUCAGAGGGUUUCUAUACUGGCUGAAUGAAUGAGUAUCGUAAAAGGGACAAUGGCCCUGUUUAUAAAAGGAAGUUCAAUUAACUCUGGGUUUAAGAGUUAGCUCAGGGUUAAUCUCCCCUGAGACAGACAACUUGGAGUUUCUGUUUCACUAAACAGAUUUAGAGCAGAGUUAGAAAAUUCAGAUGGUAAACCUUACGGUUAGUAGAAGACACAAGACUUUAUCAGUGGAUCCAAGAAAAGAGGCUUCACAAGGUUAACUAAACCAGAGGAGGCUUCCAUCUUAGAGAGAUAGGAAAUCAUGUGACUGAACAGGUUUAAUAUGAAAGACAUAUGGAGGAGCACAUUGUUUAAUCAGUGUAUCCUAUUUGAGUAUGAAGAUUCAAAUAAUAUUACUCAAAAGGCCCACAUAAUUUAGCUGCAGCCUACUUGGAUAAAUUUAAAAAUUAAUUAAAAUAAAUUAGUUUAAUAACAGUUUAACUAAUCUCUAUGAGCUGUGUAGCUCAUUGAGAUUGUAAAUGGAUCCUACAUAAAUUAAAAUUUUAAAACUGUUCCAUGGUGAUUGAUUUUAAUUAACUCUGUGAGGUAUGACUUCUGUCUUUUCAGUGUUGGCAAAGUCUGAGUUUGGCCUAAACCUGCUUUUUGAAACAGGGUCAAUGUGAACUGGAGGUGCCAAAUGACCAGUUUAAAAAAAACUUUUGAAUACCUACAAAUCUUGCUGAGCUGCUGGGAUGCAUUUUUAUUGUUGAAUGAUACAAAGGUUAAGACUGUAUGUCUGUGAUUAUGUUGGUUUCUUUGUGAGCAAUAUGUGAUGUUGACUGUUGUUUUUCUAUUUAAUAAUGACCGUUGUAAACAGUGGCCUCCUUUAUAAACUUUAGUCUGUGUAUUUGCUAUACAAUAAAAAGCAUGCUCUUCUUGCGUUAUUU